GGUAGAAAUGGGAAUGAUGCAAAAGCUGGGUAGGGGGGUAGGCUACCAAUCAAGCGGUGGGCGCUCAUCUCAUCGCACCGAAGAAAGGGACCCUUUUCCACCGUAACGCGUGUGAACUUGGACUCCAUGCAUGCCAACACCUAUGCAUGCCUUGUUUGGAUAAUAUUCCAAUUUACACUACUGCCCCUCUCUUCCAUCUGCAGUGACUUUUUAUUUUAAUUUUAAAAUUUCUUGGUUUGCUUGGAGUGAGCAGUAAGUUUCUGGGACCGAUUGAAGGGAGUGGUGUUGGUGAUUCCCUGCUAUGGCGACGCGUGGCAUGUGACCGAACCCCAUCACCAUCUCUACCAACCAAUCAAUUUAAUAUUUCUUUAAUUAUUACGUACUACGUUAUUUCCAUUUUCUUUAACUUUCUCCAUCUGGCGUGCAGUAUCCAAACCAACAUAGUCUAGGAGCGGAGUACUUGGUCUGAACAGUUCGCCAGGCUUUAAAUUUUCAGUCUCAAACUUCUAGUAAUUUAUUUACUUGAGAAUAUUGUUACUAACUUGGACGCUCUAUUUCUUCUGUCUAAGUCUCAGUUUCACCAUACAGGAAGAGUGAAAGUUUUCGAGAUUAAAGUGUAAUUUUAAAUUUUGGUCAUUUGUAUAUUUAUAAACUAACUAAUAGCGUGUUUUGCUCUGUAGGCGUUUCUAAGAAAAUCAGAUUGAGGUGAAAGAUACGUGGCAGUUUAAUUAGCUUUAAUUUGUACAAGCUAGGCCGGGGCUCUGGACCUCUGGUGUAGCCCCCCAGAUCCACCGGCUGGCUGGCUGAGUGGCUGGUCCGCGAUACCAAACCCUUUCGCCAUGAAAUCCCCGCCCAUAUAAUAUAUUCACAAAAGAAGAAUGAACAUAUCAGGCUCUCAAUACAGCAGCGGCUGCGAAUCCGGGUGGACAAUGUAUUUGGACCAACACACCAACAGCUCUGCAGAUCAAUACAACAGUAAUCCCACCGCCGGCGCCGGAGUUUACGCCGGGAAGGUGGCGUUUUCCGGUGAAGAUGAGGACUUGUCUAUGGUCUCUGAUGCAUCCUCAGGGCCGCCGCAUUUCCACGACGUUGAUGAAUGCUAUGUUCAGUCUGAUUAUGUGUGUUAUUCUUCAGCUUUUGAGCCCAGAAAGGGAAAGCAGAAGAAAAAGAAAAGUGAGGAGCAAAGAGGCAGUAAAAAUCAGAGUUAUUAUCUUGAUGAUACUGCUAGCUCCCCUACCACCACCUUCCCCGUGGAAAAUGCAAGUUUAUAUAAUGACAGACCUUCAAAGGAACAUGUUCCUGGCAUCUCUGAGACACAUUUUAAGGGCAAAUCUGUUCUUGGGAAGCAUUUUGGUUUCUUGAAAUCUUCUGGCAAAGCUGCUUCUAAGAAAUGUGAUGGUGUGAAGGGAAGAAACUGGCAAUGAAAUAUGGUAUUUCAGUCAGUAUAUGUUCAUUCUCUGUUGCUGCAGUGGAAAAGAGAAAGCCAGAAAGGAGAUGAUUGGUGGGUUGGGGCCGGGAGGGGGUGGGGUAGGG